AUGGCUCCUGUCACCAAAGCCCGCAAAACCCAGGCCACAGCAACCAAGCCUUCGUCACGAGAUAGUGUCUACAGUUAUGAGAACACCAACAUACCCAAUUCACGGAGCCUGGACGCAACCACAACGAAACCUAUCCUGGACUUAUAUAUCAACGAUAGCGACCAACCCUUCAACACUUCCCUAAAGCGCAAGCGUUCUGCAUCUCCUCCAAGCAGCCCAAUGUUGCCGACCGGCGUUAACAGUGACUCUGCUUCGCAUUGUGGAUCUCUUGAACUCAGCCCACCGCACCAAGAUCCGCUACCUAUGACCUUAACUGUCGAAGUUCCGCCUGGUCACAAAGGACCCCUGGUUUUAAAUCUGGACAUUAAAUCUCUGCUCGCUCAAGCUCAAUCUCUGACACGUCCAUUCCCCGCGUGUCUCUCUCCACGCUCUACCUCUUGUGCGGAUUCUGGUUACUCAAGUACGUCCAGUGUUACCUCGGAAACCAGCAAGCCCAGCACCACCUCCAAACGCAGUUUUCUGGACCUUCCGGCCGAGAUCCGUAACCAGAUUUAUCGGCUCACUUUCGUCUCGGAUGAGAAGUUGGAUUUUGCAUAUCCCAAUAACUUCAGCCGAUCUUCAUCAUUGCUACAAACCUGUCGUCAAGUCCAUGAGGAGGGCCGCAGUAUCCUAUACUCCGAGAACACCUUCUACUUCCAGCGCCGCAAGAAGGAGCAAGCUGUCCGUUGGAGUACAGAUGUUUGCGAGAUUGGCUACAAGGAUAUCCAUUUCUUUCUCAAGAGCAUCGGCCUUGCCAAUGUCAGUCUGCUCCGUCGGGUGAUCGUCAUGUUUGAAGAUGCCCAACCUUCGAUGAACACCCACCUCAAGGACGCCGACGAGCGAAGAUUUACCAAUGACAACGACCUGAUGGAUAUCCUACGCAUACUGGGUGAUCACACCAUGCUCAAGACGCUAGAUCUGUGCUUCCAAGGAAGGCGUGUCUUUUACAACAAGGACGAAACGCGGUUUAUCGAACAUCUUACGAAGAUCAAAGCGGACCAGGUCAAGUGUAUCAACAACCCUGAUACACCUUUCUCUAACUGGAAGGGAAACUCCAAGAUCGCUUUGGCAGAUGCAGGUCGUCUCAUACAUGAGAUGACACGACGAGUCACGAUCUUUCGCUGA